CCUCACAGAUUAAAGACUGUUUGCAAUCCAAUUCAAGCCUCCGUAACAGUAUUACCUCAACAGCCCACAGUCAUGUUGAAUUCCAUUUCUCAGAGGCUGCAAGGCAAGGUCGCCCUGAUCACCGGCGGCGCCAGCGGCAUCGGCGCCGCCACCGCCAGGCUCUUCGCCAAGCACGGCGCCAAAGUCCUCGUCGCCGACAUCUCCAGAUCAGAGACCAGCGUCGCGGACGACCACCCGGCGAUCUCCUACGUCCACUGCGACGUCAGCAAGGAGUCGGACGUCCGGGAAGCCGUGGACGCCGCCGUCUCGAUGCACGGGAAGCUCGACGUGAUGUUCAGCAACGCCGGCGUGGUGGGGCGCAACAACCUCAAGAUGGACAUCGCCGCACUGGAUCGGGACGACCUGGAGCGCGUGUUCGCCGUGAACGUGUACGGCGCGUUCUACGCCGCGAAGCACGCGGCCAGGGUGAUGAUCCCGAGGAAGCAGGGUGGGGCCAUCCUUUUCACCGCCAGCUACGUGACCGGGGCGUUGGGGGAGUCCGGGCACCCUUACGCGGCGUCCAAGCACGCGACUGUGGGGCUGAUGAAGAACCUGACCGUGGAAUUGGGGCAGCACGGGAUCCGCGUCAACGCGCUUUCCCCCUACGGGAUCCCGACGCCGCUGUCGAUGGGAGCGACCGGGGUGACGGACCCGAAGCUGAUAGAGGCCGGGGUGACGGCCAAGGUUGGCUUGGGCGGGGCGGUUCUCGAGGCGAAUGACGUGGCGGAAGCUGCGCUUUACCUUGCCAGCGAGGAGUCCAAGUUCAUCAGCGGGCUGAAUAUUAUGGUCGACGGCGGACAGCACCUCAAGAGUGCCUGAUUUGGGAAGGACCGACGCCAGGGACGGAUGCUCAACAAUGAUUUUUUUUUUUUUUUUUUUUUUAUAAGGGAGCUAGGCUCAGCAAUCAUGAAUGACUACUCUUGUCAUAUUGUGUUUUUUUAUGUCACGGAUAUUCCAAAAAAUAACAGUCACAUAAGAAUUACAAAAAAUAAAGAUGCUAACGUCGG